AUCUAUAUACACUCCACUCUUCUCUUCCAACAAAGCACAACAAAAAAAAAAAUGGCUACAAGUCCCAGACACAACGUUGUUGUCUCUAACACUAACCUUGAAAGGCUUCUAUGCAUGAAGGGUGGCAAAGGCGAAGCCAGCUACGCCAGUAACUCCCAAGCUCAGGCUUCACAUGCUCGUUCCAUGCUUCACCUUCUCAGGGACACUCUAGAUCGCGUCCACCUGACCUCCCCUGAGCUUCCCUUCGUCGUUGUGGACUUGGGGUGCUCCUCCGGUGAUAACACAAUCAACACCAUCGAUGUGAUCGUGCAACACAUUACCAAGAGAUACGAAUCAUCGGGAUGCGAGCUCCCGGAGUUCUCCGCUUUCUUUUCCGACCUCCCAAGCAAUGACUUCAACACUCUCUUCCAGCUCCUCCCUCCCAUGUUUGCCAAAAGCAGCAUGGAAGAGUGCUUGGCUGCAAAUUCUCACCGAUCCUAUUUUGCUGCCGGCGUCCCCGGAUCGUUUCACCGACGCCUUUUCCCCGCAAGAUCUGUUAACCUUUUCCAUUCAGCAUUUUCCUUGCAUUGGAUAUCGCAGGUGCCAGAAAGUGUAACAGACAAGAGAUCAACGGCGUACAAUAAAGGGAGGGUGUUCAUCCACGGUGCAAACGAAACCACAGCAACUGCAUACAAGAAACAGUUCCAAGCAGACUUGGCAGGGUUCAUGAGAGCAAGAUCCACAGAGAUGAAGAAAGGUGGGUCCAUGUUCCUGGUCUGCUUGGGAAGGACCUCAGUGGAGCCCACAGACCAAGGUGGGGCAGGACUCCUCUUCGGGACCCACUUUCAGGAUGCUUGGGAUGAUCUUGUCCAGGAGGGACUUAUUAGUAGCGAAAAGCGCGAUAGCUUCAACAUUCCAGUGUAUGCAGCAAGCCUCCAGGACUUUAGAGAAGUGGUAGAAGCUGAUGGUUCAUUUGUCAUAGACAGGCUUGAGUUAUUCAAGGGGGGUAGCCCUUUAGUGGUGAACCGGCCAGAUGAUGCGACAGAGGUUGGCCAAGCCCUAGCCAACAGCUGCCGGAGUGUGGCUGGAGUCCUGGUUGAUGCUCAUAUUGGCGACAAGCUGAGUGAAGAGCUGUUCAUGAGGGUGGAGCGCCGAGGCAUGUCCCAUGCUAAAGAGCUACUAGAGCAGUUGCAGUUUUUUCACAUAGUUGCAUCUCUUUCUUUUGCUUAGUUAAAGUAAUGAAAAGGAGAAAAAGGCUUUUUCUUUUGCCUCUCUUUUCUUUUUCCAUUUUCCCACAACAAUUGAAAUAAUGGGGGGAAGCACAGAAAAGGGAGGGAAAAGGGCUUUCUCUUGCUCUCUUUUUAUAACUUUUGUUCUAGUUUAUUUGGUGUGUUUUUGUGUUAUAUAUAGUCUAGAAUGGUUGAGACUGUUGUGUUCCCUUAAUCCAAACUAAGUAAAUAAAGUUGCAACCUUUUUUUUUUCU